AUGGACGUAGCCUCUGCGGUGCACUUUGCGUUGCACGGAGUGGUCCCACCACCAGGUAGUAGUACCGGUCUUCCACAAGGCACGCCGGCUACUGCAGCGGGGAGUAGUGCUGCUGCCGCCACUGGGAGUGGCACUGCGGGAGCAGGCGCAUCAACCGGGAGUGCAUUAACAACAGCAGCAGCGGGAGCGACAACCUCUACUACUUCACCGCCUACACUUGCGUCAAAAGCGCCACCGGGUCCGCCUCCAUCGACCACGGCUCCCGC